AUGAACUUGAAAUCCCUUACCUUACUCCUCACUGCCGCUGCAGUCUCUCAGGUCGUAGUCGCGGGUCCGCUUGCUUGUGCCAUUUGUCAGACAGGAUGCAAUAGCUUGGUUGUCGCUUGCUAUGCCGGCGCCGGGUUCACGCUCGUAGUCGUACCCCCUUUAGCACCUCCUGCGGUGAUAGCAUGCAGUGCGGCCUUUGGGAGUUACUCUACGAUUCUUUUUCUUCCACGGCAUCAGUGUCUUGUGUUUCAACGCCGCAUGUUACACGCGAGGCGAUAUUUUGGAACGGAGCUACGAUGUCUUGCCACCCACCCAUAUAACAAUCGAGUAAACGUACUCGUUGUAGGUGGGCUUGUCUAUGUUAUCUAUAAGACAGGAUGCUCUUUCUACGCCAGAUGCAGGGCAUCCAGUUUCAAACUCGGGCCCAUCCUCAUGUUAGACCCUGACAUAGAACUUUACCUUGCAUGUCAUAAAACGGUAUCCUUGUUGUAG